AUGAAAUUUUUUAGAAAAUUUUUAAAUCAAAUAAUGAUUUUAAAACAUCAACGUUUUAAAUAUUCUAAUCAGAAGUUAAUUCAUGAAAAAAAAAUUUUGGAUGAUGCUCAUUUUAUUAGAAAUAUCGGGAUUCUUGCUCAUAUAGAUGCAGGUAAAACUACUACUACAGAAAGAAUGCUAUUUUUUUCUGGUAGUAUAACUCACAUGGGAGAGGUUCAUCAUGGUAAUACUGUAACUGAUUUUAUGGCUCAAGAACGAGAAAGAGGAAUAACAAUUACUUCUGCAUUUGUUACUUUAAAUUGGGGAAAACACAAAAUUAAUCUUCUUGAUACCCCCGGUCAUAUUGAUUUUACCAUGGAAGUGGAGCAAACUUUAAAUGUAAUGGAUGGUGCUGUUGUAAUAUUGGAUGCAACUGCUGGAGUAGAGGCACAAACCAUAACAGUAUGGAAACAAGCUGAUAGAUAUAAUGUACCUCGUGUUAUAUAUGUCAAUAAAAUGGACAGACCAACAGCAGAAUUCUUUCGAUGCAGAGAUUCUAUAAUUCAAAAUUUUAAAGUUACUCCUUUAGUCAUUCAAAUACCAGUUUAUGAUAAUAGUAAAAAUUUUAAAGGAGUCGUAGAUCUUUUAAAUUUAGUAAAAUAUGAAUGGGAUUCAUCAUCUUUUAAUUUCACUCAAACUCAAUUGAAUCCUCAAAAUGGAAAAUUAUGGGAAAACUCUGUUCAAGCGAGAAAAAACCUUGUAGAAGUUCUUGCUGAUUUAGAUGAUUCAAUAGCUGAAAAAAUAAUUAUGGAUGAGAAACAAUUAGAAAUGCUUUCAAGCUCAGUUUUAAGGGAUUCCAUUCAAAAAAUCACCAUAGAACAAAAAGGAUUUCCUAUAGUAUGUGGAAGCUCAUAUAAAAACAUUGGUGUACAAUGCCUCAUGGACACUAUUGUUAACUAUCUUCCAUCACCGCUUUCUAGUAAAUCAAAAGAUUUAAUUAAUUAUUUUGAAAAGAGCAUGACUGCUAAAGCAUUUAAGGUGCGACAUGAUCAUUACAAAGGCCCAAUUACAUUUUUAAGAAUUUAUUCCGGUGAACUUUUUAAGGGUCAAAAAAUGUACAAUGCAAGAACUAAAAAGACGGAGAAUUGUGAGAAAUUGUUUGUUGCUUAUGCGGACGAUUAUAACGAAGUUCAAAAAAUAAAAAUGGGUAAUAUCGCAGCCGUUACUGGAUUAAAGGAUACCGUGACAGGAGAUUUUAUAACCUCAUCAUCUAGCGUUUAUUCUUCCUUAAAAGAUACUCUUAAAGGAAAUGAAAAAGAAAACGUAAUUAACUGUUUAACUUCGGGUCGAAUGGUUCCAGAUCCCGUGUUUUUUUGCUCGGUUGAAGCUCCUUCUCCCAGUUACGAAACGGCUUUAGACAAAGCACUAAAAGAGUUGGAAAAAGAAGAUCCUAGUUUAAAAAUAACGACAAAUAAUGAGACUAAACAAACUAAGAAAAGCCUUGUUUCGAUAGAUAAAAGUCCAGAAUGCAUUGAAAAUACGUCGAAGAUUUACCCGAGGCAAUUCGGAGCGAUAAAGGCUGGAGUAGAAAUCGCUCUAACCUACGGACCUAAAUUAUUUUAUCCUGUUAUAAAUACAAAAGCCAAAAUACAUUUUUUGGAAAUUGGACGGGGAACUCCUGACACGCUUAUUACGUCCGCUACAAUAAAAUGUAUAAAAAAACUUCUUCAAAAUAGCGGUACAAAACUUCUCGAGCCUAUAAUGCUAGUUGAAAUAAUAACUCCGGAAUCAACAGUGGACGCCAUAUUUAACGAUCUUGGAAAAAGAAGAGCGGAUAUAUAUAGUCCGGAAUCACGUGAUUUAGAUAUCAUUAUUAGAGCAUUAGUACCUUUAUCAGAACUGUUGGGUUAUGCGAAAAAUUUGAGGAUUAUAACGUCUGGAAAAGGUGCUUUCACAAUGGAACUUAAAUAUUACAAAGAAAUGGAUCCGGAAGAAGAAGCAAAAGCCGUUAAAUACGUUACUGGAUUUUAA